AUGAUCAGCAGUUGCAUGUGUACAGAAGAAAUUCAUGCUCUUAGGAGGUCAGCAAUACUUAUCUAUAGACGAUUUAUCAUUAGGAUAAGCCUGGAUGUAGGGGGACUUCCUAGCCUCCAAAACUGGACAGCGAUCAGACCUAUUGCUUUGAGAGCUGUGACCUCCAUUGCCCGUGCUUUGCCUGGAUUUCCCAUUUUGGCCACUGGUGGAAUUGACUCAGCAGAAAGUGGUCUUCAGUUUCUCCACAGCGGAGCUUCGGUCCUACAGGUAUGUAGCGCUAUUCAGAACCAGGAUUUCACUGUGAUCGAAGACUACUGCACGGGCCUCAAAGCCCUGCUUUAUCUGAAAAGCAUUGAAGAACUGCAAAACUGGGAUGGGCAGAGUCCAGCCACUGUGAGUCACCAGAAAGGGAAACCAGUUCCACGUAUUGCUGAACUCACCGGAAAGAAACUGCCAAGUUUUGGACCUUAUCUUGAGCAGCGCAAGAAAAUCAUAGCAGAACACAAGAUUAGACUGAAAGAACAAAAUACAGCUUUCUCACCGCUUGAAAGAAAUUAUUUUACCCCCCAAAAGCCUAUUCCUACCAUCAAGGAUGUAAUUGGAGAAGCACUGCAGUACCUCGGAACAUAUGGCGAACUGAGCAAUGUGGAACAAGUUGUGGCUGUGAUCGAUGAAGAAAUGUGUAUCAACUGCGGGAAAUGCUACAUGACCUGUAAUGACUCCGGCUACCAGGCUAUACAGUUUGAUCCGGAAACCCACCUGCCAACCAUUACUGACACUUGUACAGGCUGUACUCUGUGUCUCAGUGUCUGCCCUAUUAUUGACUGCAUCAAAAUGGUUUCCAGGACAACGCCUUAUAAACCAAAGAGAGGCUUACCUUUAGCUGUGAAUCCGGUGUGUGAAGGUGGUUUGUGAAGCAGUUGCUGUGAACUUUGAUGUCACCAACAUACGCUGAUCUUUCAAGAUUGUGAUCAUUGUGUUCAGCUUUUUCCAAAUUAAAACAAAUACAUAAAUUCUAAAUAAAUACCAAAUAAAAUAUAUAAUUUCUAUCUAAAUUUCUAAAUUGAUAAAAUGUCUAAUGUCAGUGGCCAAUUAAUGGUCAUAAAAUAGAAUAAUUCUUUUCUGAUGAUAGCUGUUAAAUAACUGUGUAGCAGUUAAUUGGAUGUUCACUGUUAGUUGUCUAUUGUGAAAAAUUAACUUUUUUGUGGCAAUUAGUGUGACAAUUUCCAAAUUGCCCUAUGCUGUGCUCCAUCUUUCAUUUCUAAUUGUAAAUGAAAUUAAGUAUUUUGGAACAAAGGACACUUUAACACACCAGAAAAUGUUUCCAAGGAAACAUUUUAUAAUUAAAAAUUACCUUUAAUUUUAAUGCUGUUUCUAAGAAAAUGUAAUUAGCUCCAUAAAGUACAAAUGAAGAAAGUGAAAUAAUUAUUUAGCAUGGCAGGAAAAGAAAGCCUGAAAGAGGGACUGUAAAACUUUCUUAAGGCCCCCCUCACUGAAAUAGUUUCUUAUGGGUGCUGGAUGCCGAAAGCAAGAGUACAUACUAACUAAAUACUGCUUGCCACUCACGCUUGAGACAGAUGUCUAAACUCCUCACCAAUGGACCAACAUGACAUUCUUCUUUAAAUAUUUAAACUGUGUUCCUAACAAAAUAAGAUUUUAGGAUGGAGCUCCAGUUAAAUCCACUCUUCUGCUGUGCACAGAUCUGCUCUGUCUGCUUUUAAUAGUAACUUUCAUGAUUAUAGCAAUUAAUGUUUGAACAAAGCCCAAAUUAUACAGGGCUGAGUCAUGUGCUUCAUUAUUCAAGAAUAAGUAAUAUGGUAUUGGUAAUAUAUAUUAAAUGUGCAAAACCAUUUGACUGCUCUCUAUUUUAGUGUUUAUGUUUAAUUUCAAAAGUUAUGGAAUAAAAACAAAAUAUAUAUUUUCUGUCAUUGCUAAAUAAUAUUUUUGUAUUUCUCUAUUUUCAUAAUCAGUAAAUAGUGUCAUAUGAAUCCAUUUAUCUUUUCCUAUUUUAAUAUGAAUCUUUAAGUGGUAAAUUUGAAAGUAAUAAUCUGUGGCAUAUUUGUAUGACAAAUGCAAGAUCUAGAAAAAUCAAACAUUUGAUUAUGCACUUUUAGAAAUGUAUAUUUACCACAAAACCUGUAUGACUGAAUAAUAUCAAAUAAAAUUUUAUAAAGCAACUUAAA